CUAAUCAAUCAAUCAUCAAUCAAUCAAUCAAAUUUGAUUCCUAGGCUACAGCCCCUUCCAUACAGGUGAGUGCUUCACAGAUGACUGACAAGCCAAUAAGACAGUAAACAGGAAAACAAGUUGAGACUGAUGCACACGACAAAUAAAAAGUAUGAAAAUGUUAUAAAAUAAUAAAAAUAACAUUUUAUAUUUAUUGACAGUUUUAAAUACAGUGGAGAUAAAUGAACUACAGAGACCAGCAGGCGGCAGCAUUGCGUCACCGCUGCGUCACUUGAGUCAGAACCACAGAAGAAGAAGAGAAGCAGGAAGUGUUGAGAGAAACAGUCAGAAGCUGAUUAGCCUGAUUAGCCUGUAGGCUAACGCUCUGAUAUGAGGUUUAUAAGCUGAACAGUGUGUGACCUGUGUUUGCCUCAGUGGGCGUGGCCGUGGCGAUGGCUCUGAUCGAGGGCGUUGGGGACGAGGUGACGCUGCUGUUCGGCUCUCUGCUGCUCCUGCUGGUGCUGCUGCUGGCCUGGAUCUCCACCCGCACCUCCGAGCCCCCGGAACACCUGUUCACCUCCACCGCAGGCCCCGCCCCCUCACUGAGGCCCGCCUCCUCCCUGCAGGACACGCCCCCCUCCUCCUCCUCCUCCGUCACCUUCUCCUCCUCCUCGCCAUCCAGCUCCGUGAGCGACAGCAGUGAGCGCUCUGUGACGGAGGCUCCGCCCCCUGCCGCCGCCACCCAGGAGGACCAGGAGAAGGCCGGGGAGGAGGGCGGGGAUGGAGGGGGGAGGAGGGAGGAGGGAGGGGACGGGCUGAGGAACAGAGGGGGAGACUCGGCGUCCUCUCAGAGGAACAUGGUGGUCAGACUGAAGUUCCUGAAUGACACCGAGAGGACGGCUCAGGUCCAACCUCAGGACACCAUCGGAUACAUCAAACGGACCUACUUUGCGGGUCAGGAGCAGCAGGUCCGUCUGAUCUAUCAGGGUCAGCUGCUGCAGGACGACGCUCAGACUCUGGCCUCUCUGAACCUGGUUCAUAACUGUGUCCUGCACUGCCACAUCUCCCAGCACGCCGUCCGGGGCGCGGCGGCGGGGACGCGGCCCGCUGACCAGGUGCAGGUGGCUCUGAACGUGGGCAGCCUCAUGGUCCCCCUGCUGGUCCUCAUGCUGUCGGUGCUGUGGUACUGUCAGAUCCAGUACCGUCAGUUCUUCACGGCCCCGGCCACCGCCUCGCUGGUCGGAGUCACCAUAUUCCUCAGCCUCGUGGCCUUCGGAGUCUACCGCCGCUAGCUAGCUGCUUUCUGAUUGGCUCUGCCCGAGUCUGACCUCAGAGGCGGCCGGGACUCGGACCUGCGGGAGGAUUUCAUGUGUUUUCUGUUUUUGUUUCUGUUGCCAUGGAGACGCUGAGUGUAAAUGAGGACUUCAACUUUUUUUUUUAGAUCAAUUGUUUCUGUAGGGUUCUCAUCAUCGUGCCUCUUUUACUUUGUUUGUUCUGGUCCUGAAGAGUCCAGCUGUCAGACCACCAGACUGUAGACCGGACCGGACCGUCUGUCUGCUGGAUGGGAGAGGAACAUCAUUUGUGUAAAUUGCAGCUUUUGAAGAGAAAGAAAUUCUAUUAAAUCAUUUAUUUA